AUGGGAGUUCCGGCUCACCUCUUUGAGGUAUCGGCCCUCAUGGAUAUUGACAAGCUUCUAGGCGAGUCGCUACUAGUGGACCAUGCCACAAUCAACCAAACUCGGCUUUCCUUUGCUAGGAUUUUUGUCGAAAUCGAUAUCUCCAACCCACCGACGGAGGAGAUUAUACUAAGCAUCCUAGGCAAAGAAUCAAGACACAAAGUGGCAUGGGACCGUAUCCCGCUGUUUUGCGUGAAUUGUAAACAUGUUGGACACGUCAUUGAUAAGUGUCAUGCGUUGGGAAGGAAGGGGCGUCUUGGAAGUAAGGAUUACCAAACACCAACAAAGGUACAGCACCCUAACCAUGACCCCGAGAUCAUCCGCCCUGAACGGCUCCCAAAGGAGGCGAAAAAGGUUGGCACUUCACCGAGCAUUGAUCACACGAACAAGGAGAAAGAUAGUGGCAACCAAAAGAAGGACAAUGAGGGCGUUAUGGACGCCCAACCGUUGGUCCCAAGAGCGCCCUUUGAGAGGCAACCUAGCGUGGACGAGGAUGGGUUUCAAUUGGUGUCAAGGAAGAGGAAAGGCAAGGCACAUAGGGGAGACAUGCAUUCCAAAGCUCCAAAUCUCGACAAUUUAUGCCUUUGUUUUUAG